GAAGGGAGGUGCACGGCAAGGGCAUGAAGAGCAAACCCCCUCCUGCUCAGAGCUGCUGCCGCCUGAGCCCAGGGCUGCACCCAGCGCAGGCCUCGUGGCCAGGCCAUGGACCCCACAGAGCCCUGGAGCCCCAGCCCGGGGUCAGGGGCCUGGGACUACUCGGGGUUGGACGGCCUGGAGGAGCUGGAGCUGUGUCCGGCCGGGGACCUGCCCUUCGGCUACGUCUACAUCCCUGCACUCUACCUGGCGGCCUUCGCCAUGGGCCUGCUGGGCAACGCCUUCGUGAUGUGGCUGCUGGCCGGGCGGCGCGGCCCACGGCGGCUAGUGGACACCUUCGUGCUGCACUUGGCAGCCGCUGACCUGGGCUUAGUGCUCACACUGCCGCUGUGGGCCGCGGCGGCGGCGCUAGGCGGCCGCUGGCCGUUCGGCGAGGGCCUCUGCAAGCUCAGCAGCUUCGCGCUGGCGGGCACGCGCUGCGCGGGCGCACUGCUGCUGGCUGGCAUGAGCAUGGACCGCUACCUGGCCGUGGUGAAGCUGCUCGACGCGCGGCCCUUGCGCACCCGGCGCUGCGCGCUGGCCUCGUGCUGCGGCGUCUGGGCCGUGGCGCUGCUGGCUGGCCUGCCCUCCCUGGUCUACCGGGGGCUGCAGCCCCUGCCUGGGGGCCAGGGCAGCCAGUGCGGGGAGGAGCCCUCCCACACCUUCCAGGGCCUCAGCUUGCUGCUGCUGCUGCUGACCUUCGUGUUGCCCCUGGUCGUCACCCUCUUCUGCUACUGCCGCAUCUCGCGCCGCCUGCGCCGGCCGCCGCACGUGGGUCGGGUCCGGAGGAACUCGCUGCGCAUCAUCUUCGCCAUCGAGAGCACGUUCGUGGGCUCCUGGCUGCCCUUCAGCGCCCUGCGGGCCGUCUUCCACCUGGCGCGUCUGGGGGCGCUGCCCCUGCCGUGCCCCCUGCUGCUGGCGCUGCGCUGGGGCCUCACCAUCGCCACCUGCCUGGCCUUCGUCAACAGCUGCGCCAACCCGCUCAUCUACCUCCUGCUGGAUCGCUCAUUCCGAGCCCGGGCGCUGGACGCGGCCUGCGGACGCACCGGCCGCCUGGCGCGAAGGAUCAGCUCGGCCUCCUCGCUCUCCAGGGACGACAGUUCCGUGUUCCGUUGCCGGGCCCAGGCCGCGAACACUGCCUCGGCCUCCUGGUAGCUACCCCGGGCUGCUGGAGGUGGGCGACAGCCGAGCACCGAGAGGAGGGGAGAGGUCCCGGGAGGGGACCCAGAUGCGCCUGUUCUGGCGGCAGCAAGCUGCUCCGCCCCGCAUCGCAUUGCCUCGCGCGCUGCCUGGACUCCCAGGGUCUC